AUGCGCCCGGUCCAGACUCUCCAGAAGAUUGUCUACCCGGAGGACGUCUCCUGCAAGUUCAACGGCCGCACCGUCACCGUCACCGGUCCCCGCGGUACCCUGACUCGCACCUUCGACUACGUCUCCAUCGAGCUUAAGCACAACAAGGCCUCUCGCACCAUCAGCGUUUGCGUCUGGUUCGGCCACCGCAAGCAUGUUGCCUGCGUCAACACCAUCGUCACCCACAUCAAGAACAUGAUCACCGGUGUGACCAAGGGCUUCGAGUACAAGAUGCGCUACGUCUACAACCAUUUCCCCAUCAACGUCAUCGUCGAGGGUGGCAAGUCCGUUGAGAUCCGCAACUUCCUGGGUGAGCGCCGCGUCCGCGUCAUCGAGAUGCUCGGCGAGACCGUUGCUGCUCCCUCCUCCAUGAAGGAUGAGCUCAUCCUCACUGGUAACGACAUCGACCACGUCUCCCAGUCCGCCGCCUCCAUCCAGCAGGCCUGCCUUGUCAAGAACAAGGAUAUCCGUAAGUUCCUUGACGGUAUCUACGUCUCUGAGCGCGGCACUGUUGUCAAGGACGAUUAA